AUGGAUCCCGGGAGUUCGUCGGCUCCCCGUCAACCGACGGCCAAGAGGAAGCAGCGCAAACAUACCACCGUCGGCGCUCUGGGUCACGACGUUCUCUGUAUGAUAUUUUCAUUGCUCGACCUCGUCCACCUCAUUCGCUGUUCCGCCGUCUGCAAAUCAUGGAGCAUAGCGAUUAGAAAAUUGAAGUUACUGCAAAUACAGUAUCAGAAGCAACACCAGAUAGAUGCUGCUACCUUCUCUAAUGCAUCUGCUUAUUCAGAAAGAUUACUGAAUAUCCAUUUGGAGCAGCUGGCUAUGGAACAACACAAAUUUUCUUUACAAGAAGGUCCUGCAGAUAUUUUCCAGUGGAAAGGUCAUUUAACGAGGGUUAAUCUGUGCCGUAUGAAGAUGGGAAUGAUUCUUACUGGUGUGGGUGAUAAGGUGAUGCGUCUCUGGUCUGCUGAAAGCUGCAAAUGUUUGGACGAAUAUUUUCUUCCGGACAAAGCCCCUUUAAUUGAUUUUGAUUUUGAUGAAGGGAAGGUGGUUGGUCUGGUUGGGACUCGUAUAUGCAUAUGGAAGCGCAUUGGAAUAAGAGAUAUAUUUUCAUCACGUGAUGGCUUGUUUACUAAAGGAUUGUGUAUGCGUUAUGUAGACCCACAGGCAGUAAUUGGGUGUGAGGACGGGAAAGUUCGUGUAUUUGACAUGUACAGCAGAAAAUGUUCACAAAUAAUCAAGAUGCAUUCUGGGUCUGUAACAUGUUUAUCUUUCAGUGAUGAUCAAUUGAUUGUUAGUGGUUCCUCUCUCGGCAGCCUUACUAUGUCAGAUCUUUCAUCAGAUCAGCGGGUAGCAACAUUGAGUGCUGCUAGUUCUGCAGGUAUAAAGACUCUGUGUUUGAACCCAAGCUCUCAUUUACUAUUUGCUGGAUCAACUGAUGGAUUUGCAUCUUGUUGGGACCUAAGGACAUUGAGAGCUGUGUGGAAGACACGAAUCAGUCCGAAUGUUCUUUAUUCCAUGGGUCACCUACGGAAUGACAAAUCAACAUUAGUUGUUGGCGGAAUAGAUGGCAUAGUAAGAAUCCUUGAUCAGGAAAAUGGGUUAGUACUAUCAGGCUGCAUCAUGGAUGAAAGUAGCAAUGUUCGAAAUCGAUCAACAGAAAAGUAUGGAGCUAUUCAGAAAAAUGAAGUAAAAAGGCUUUCUGAAGAUGCCCACAUUGAUCUAAUGCCUCAUCGGCCUCCUAUAAAAUGCUUGGGUGUUGGAAUGCAGAAGAUUGUUACUACACACAAUGAUAAGUACAUCAGAUUGUGGAAGUUCCACAAGACCUGA